AGGUUGAUUAGGGUGAGUUGGGACACAGCUCACACGCUUUUUGCUUGUCUGGUGACGUAUCCUUCCUAGUCGGUAGAGUCGUUACCGUUAAUACCAGCAUUUUCCACAGUAGCCAUAGCUUCAAUAUUUAACGGCGUUAGUUUGCUCCCUGUUUCACGUGUAAUAAAAAGAAAAGAGUCCCCGCGUUACAGUAAAGUAAACUUCGAAGAAGCAAGACCAUAUUACUGAAGCUUUGGGUUUUUUUGGGGGAGGGAGAAGAGAAUUCUCUGAUACUUAUAAUUUGUUAUUCAAUUGUUUCACAUCUCCCUCUCCCAAAUUCCCAACAUACAGUAAUUUUGUGGAACAUAUAUUCUUUUAGAUUCUGUAUGUGUUUACAUUUUUGACGGAUUGCGUAUUUAUUUUUUUCAGAAUAAGUAGGAAGAGUAUAGUGGAGCAAUUAUUUGUCUAGCUUUGAGUAUACCAUUGUGUAUAUUUAUUUAUUGAAGAAUACAUAUGUAGAUGGGGUUUUCGGAGAACACAACGGGUUUAGUUCUAGCAAUUGUUUCAAGCUUGUUUAUUGGAACGAGUUUUAUUUUGAAGAAGAAAGGUCUCAAGCGUGCUGCUGCUGCUGGUACUCCAGCAGGAGUUGGAGGGUAUACUUAUUUGCGUGAACCCCUUUGGUGGGCAGGCAUGAUUACGAUGAUUGUUGGGGAGGUCUCCAAUUUUGUGGCGUAUAUUUAUGCUCCAGCAGUUCUUGUGACCCCUCUUGGUGCAUUGAGUAUAAUUAUCAGUGCUGUCUUGGCACACUUUAUGUUGAGGGAACGAUUACAACGAUUAGGUGUGGUGGGAUGCAUAUUGUGCAUUGUAGGAUCCGUGGUAAUUGUUAUACAUGCACCUCAGGAGCAUAUGCCAACUUCUGUACUAGAAAUCUGGAUUUUGGCAAUUCAACCAGCAUUUGUGAUUUAUGUAGCAGCAACAAUAUCCAUAGUAGUAGCUUUGAUGUUGCAUUUUGAGCCUCGUUAUGGGCAGACAAACGUGCUAGUAUAUUUGGGAAUAUGUUCCUUAAUGGGUGCACUUACGGUUGUCAGCAUAAAGGCUAUUGGAAUUGCAAUUAAACUUACUUUGGAAGGAAUUAGUCAGAUUGCAUAUCCACAGACUUGGUUUUUUCUAGCUGUUGCGGUAAUCUGUGUCGUCAUGCAGUUGAAUUAUCUAAACAAGGCACUGGAUACAUUCAAUGCUGCAAUUGUUUCUCCAGUAUAUUAUGUAAUGUUCACCACUUUGACCAUCAUUGCAAGUGCAAUAAUGUUCAAGGACUGGGCUGGACAAAAUGCUAGCAGCAUAGUAUCUGAGAUGUGUGGAUUUAUCACAGUGCUUUCAGGAACAAUUGUACUCCAUGUGACUAGAGAACAAGAACCAGCGAAUCCACCAGGAAAUAUAUCGUGGUAUGAUGGAGAAGAUAUAAAAGUUAUGGAGGAUGGACCUUACAUAAUGUUGAAUGAUUCAAACUAUUUCCACUGAUAUCAUCUCGUUGAUAUAGAUUCUAGAUCUCGACUGCAAAAGUUGAAGCUGCAUCCUCAGCUGACAGUUUACUUUUUGUUUUGCUUUGUGGCUGAGCAUUCUUGCUUAAGCUCCGCAACGUUGAGCUUUGUAUUCUCCUACGAGCACAAUUUUGGAAAUGCUACGAGUCAAGGUCACCUUGUAGCUGAAGCUUGGUACGGAUCCUUGCUGAGCUGCUGUGCAAAUUGAGGUUUGUACAUACACACGGCGGUCUCUUUUCGUUCAGUUUGUUGUGUAGAGUAUUAUAGUUGAUUCAUUUUGUAAUUUAUUGAGCCACCUCAUUGGUGUAACAUAGUAUUCUUUGUUCUAUAGCGUGAGAAUGUUGCAUAGUGAAGAAAGUUGCAGCUGUAAGUAAGAUUGGUAUAUACUUACAUAUUUUUUUGCAAGAUAGUUCACAAGCAUUUGUUUUGUAGAAUGACAGAGAUUUUGUAUUUUCUGGACUUCAUGAUAUGAAAUCGGAUCAUUGUUAAAA